AGGGAGAGGAGGAGGGGAGGGGAGGAGGGGAGGGCAGAGGGUUUCUCAGUGACCAUGCUACCUGGAGUCGGUGUGUUCGGCACCAGCUUGACCACCAGGGUGAUAGUGCCGUUGCUGAAGGGUGAAGGCUUCACGGUGAAGGCUCUGUGGGGGAGGACCCCGGAGGAAGCCGAGGAACUGGCCAAGGAGAUGGAUGUGCCCUUCUACACCAACAGGAUCGACGAUGUCUUACUGCACCAGGACGUGGAUGUGGUUUGCAUCAAUCUGCCGCCUCCCCUGACCCGCCAGAUCGCUGUCAAGACCCUGGGAAUUGGGAAGAAUGUCAUCUGUGACAGAGCGGCGACUCCUUUGGAUGCCUUCAGGAUGAUGUCAGCUGCACAUUACUAUCCCAAGCUCAUGAGUAUAAUGGGCAAUGUUCUACGCUUCCUCCCUGCUUUUGUUAAAAUGAAGCAAUUGAUUCAGGAGGGCUACAUAGGGGACUUGUUGAUCUGUGAGGUUCAGGUUCACAGUGGAAGUCUACUGGGUAAGAAGUACAACUGGAGCUGUGAUGAUCUGAUGGGUGGAGGAGGGCUGCAUUCAGUAGGAAGCUACAUCAUUGACCUUUUGACUUUUCUGACCAAUCAGAAGGCUAUCAAAGUCCAUGGGUUCCUGAAAACCUUUGUGAAGCAGACAGAGCAUAUCAGAGGGAUCCGUCAGAUCACCAGUGAUGACUUCUGCACCUUCCAGAUGGUUUUAGAGGCUGGUGUGUGCUGCACGGUAACUUUGAAUUUCAAUGUGCCUGGGGAGUUUAAGCAGGAAAUCAUUGUGGUGGGGUCCACUGGACGGUUGAUGGUAACUGGUAGUGACUUGUAUGGGCAAAGGAACAACGCAACUCAAAAGGAAUUGAUCUUAGAAGACUCAACUCCUAUUAGCAGUUCUUUGCUCCCAGAGAAAGCUUUUAGGGAUAUCCCAUCUCCAUUUCUCAGAGGGACCAUCAUGAUGGUCCAAGCCAUUCGACAGGCAUUCCAAGACCAGGACGAUCGACGAACCUGGGACGGGAGGCCUCUUACUAUGGCAGCGACAUUUGAAGAUUGCCUGUAUGCUCUGUGUGUGGUGGACACAAUUAAGAAAUCAAAUGAGACUGGUGAAUGGCAGAACAUUGUGAUUAUGACAGAAGAGCCAGAGAUUAGUCCAGCAUAUUUAAUCAGUGAAGCCAUGCGUCGCAGUAGAAUGUCCUUGUUAUACUAGAUACUUUUAGCAACUUCACACAGAAAGAUUUGCAGACCUAGCCUAUAAGUAAAGAAGUUUAACACUGUAUCAUUGUAAAAGUGAAUGCAUGAUGUCAUUCUUUUGGGAUAUCUUGUUUUUAAAUAAACAUUGCUAUUGCUACAGAAUCUAUUCACAGGCAUACUUAGUUAAGUUAAAAGUUUAUUACAUUUAAUAAAAACAAUCCAACUAAAGUAAAUAAGUAUUAAUGACUAAUGCGGAUCAGCCCAGUUGGUGCUUUGUGGGAGCCUUUCAAACAAGACGUUUGAUAUUACCUUGUGAAAUGUCACUGAUUAAAGUGACUUGUUCUUGAGCCUAACAUGGUGACACUUUAACACUCAGAAAUGAUCUCAGAUCAUUGCUCAUUGUGAUGGGGUGCUCACAAUUCACAAUCUCAGCAAGUCUUUGAGAGGUGCUAUUGUGGAAGUUAUAGGCCCGAUAUAACUCACGGUCUUAGCUUUAAAACCACUGUCUUGAAUUUAAGAUUGUGCCACAAAAGUCUUAAAAUUUGAAUUUUUUUUAAG